CGAUAUAAUCUUUAGACUUCUGGCCUGUCACAAAUGUAGCACUGACCGGGUACUGACAGUUUUUGUGUCCAAUACAAAUUUGCUCGGUCCACCAACCAAAAGUAGGCGGGACUGUUCUUUCUUUUAGCAUUGCUGGCUUAGAAAACCUACGAAAUACAAUACUAGAAAUCUAAAUUAGUAAUUUACACCUGCCCAUGUUAAACCGGUGAUUGAGCACAUCUGUUAUUUUACAAUUCAUAUGGACGCGGGAGUAAAUUGUGGGCUGUAAAGUUGUAAACUAGCUAUUGUAGAACUGGUUUUGUACCUUGCUAGUAAGUUAGCUUGGUAGUUCUUGAGUUUAGACUUUGCUACAGAUAAAAGCAUUACUUUAAACAUUGAAUCUUGAGUCAAGUAGUCGCAUAAGCACCAAAGCAAAAUAUGGCACCUGGGAGAUCCAAGAUUGUGGAACACUACAUCAUGCCUGAAGACACAGAAGGAAACUUCAAAGCUGUGUGCAGACACUGCAACCGAUCAAUAGCGUGCUCCAGGAAGGCUCUCUCCAAUCUGCACGCGCAUAUAAAGAGAGUACAUCCUGCCCUCUUUGAGUCUAUGCCCAGGGUGAAGAAAUCCAGUCCAACCCAUGCUCGCCCACUACAGAGCCCCACUCUGUUAGCUAAUGCCAUAGCAGAGAACAUUGUACCCUUAAGUCUUUUGGAGAGUCCAUCAUUCAAGAGGUUCUGUCAAACCCUGGACCCAAACCUGACAGUGCCAACUCAAGAUAAAGCCAUGGCAGACCAUGCCCCCUCUGUGGCUAUGGAGGCGGUGCUGAAGCCAAGCUCCGCCCUCCCAGAGGACAUGCCCAAGAUCCGGGGCUAUGACUUUAACCAGGGGGUGGACCACCAUGCCCUUCUGCAGUCCUACAUUACCACAGGCUUCCAGGCCAGUAACAUGGGCCAGGCCAUCCAGGAGAUCAACAAGAUGAUUGACAAGCGUCUGGAGGCAGUGAAGGAGGAAGAGGGAAGUGAAGUCUCGUCAGAGCCUGCUUCAUCUUCCCAGUCAGGCUGCACCAUCUUUCUGGGGUACACUUCCAACCUCAUCAGCUCUGGAGUGAGGGAGUCUAUACGCUACCUGGCCCAGCACAAAAUGGUGGAUGUGAUAGUGACCACAGCUGGAGGUAUAGAGGAGGACCUUAUCAAGUGCAUGGCCCCCACCUCUGGAGAGUUCAGCCUGUCAGGCAAGGAGCUGCGCCAGAGAGGAAUUAACAGAAUAGGGAACCUUCUGGUACCCAAUGAUAACUACUGUAAGUUUGAGGACUGGCUGAUGCCCAUCCUGGACCAGAUGGUGCAGGAGCAGACAACAGAGGGUACACGCUGGACGCCCUCGAAGAUGAUCCACAGGCUGGGGAAGGAGAUCAACAACCCAGAUUCUGUCUACUACUGGGUGUUUCAGAAUGACAUCCCGGUGUUCAGCCCUGCUCUGACUGACGGCUCUCUAGGAGACAUGAUCUACUUCCACUCCUACAAGAACCCUGGCCUGGUGCUGGAUAUAGUGGAAGAUAUUCGCAGGUUAAACGGCAGAGCUGUGUUUGCCAAGAGCACAGGGAUGAUCAUUCUUGGAGGAGGGUUGAUCAAGCACCAUAUUGCCAACGCUAACCUCAUGAGGAACGGAGCGGACUACGCUGUGUUUGUGAACACGGGCCAGGAGUUUGACGGUUCUGACUCAGGGGCCCGGCCUGACGAGGCAGUGUCCUGGGGGAAGAUUCGAAUGGAGGCUAAGCCCGUCAAGGUGUACGCUGAUGCCUCCAUAGUCUUCCCCCUGCUGGUAGCGGAGACGUUUGCCCUCAACGCAGACCGCCUGAUGGCCGACAGGAAAGACUGAUGGAACCUCCCCUACUUGACACGCGCAGCAUGUCUGGAGUUCUCUGAGUUGUUUUCUUCUCCUUCUCUCCAGUUUUAGUUCUAUUUAUUUCAAUAUAUUUUUUUCAUAGCAACACGUAAAGCAAGAAGUAUGUUGGACCAGAAUCCAGCCCUGCACUUCAAGCAGGGCUCCAGUACCUGGCAAAAAGUGGAAGAAAGACAUAAAGUGACACUGAAGUCAAGUUUACUGUGACACAGCGCAGUAAGUGUGCACACGCACACGCGCGCACACACACACACACACACACACACACACACACACACACACACACACACACACACACACACACACACACACACACUGUCUAUGCCCUGGGUGUAUAAGGUGUGUUUAGGAUGAGCCGAGGGUUUAGCAUGGUGUACAUUACCAAAGAUGUGCGGUGUAAUAUAAACAGUUUUGCAUGAGACAGAUCAAGCAAGUUAAUUAUUAGGCUGUUAUCUCACUUGGAUAAAGGUCAUAAUUUUUGUUUUUCUGUCUCAGUUAAAAGUUGUAUGUAUUUAACUUAAGAGAGAAACUCCUUGGUGGUGCAUGGAUCCCAUCUAUGCUUACACAGGGGUGGAAUGUGAUGAUCUUAUAACUCCGGUUUUUACAUGAUCUUUCCUCACCUGCUCUUGACCUAAAUAUGACUUAAAUAACAUGGCUGUACAUGUAAAUAAAUACAUAUACUGUGA